AUGCCAGAUGCAUACGUAGAGUCACUCGGCAAGAUGAUUGCCAUUCUUGUGAACUACAAACCGGGGUCAAUCACUCUGGAGAACAUCACAAGGCUGUGCCAAACUAUGGGGCUGGAGUCCUUCGUUGAUCAGGUAUCGGCCAACAUAUCGCGUCUGUCGAUAGCGUCGAAGAUUAUCGUGAUAGAUAUAGACUAUGAAGUGACGGACGGCAAGGUGAUCGAUGUUAAGCUGGUGCUGGCAAGCAACUUCGACAAGUUUGACUACUUCAAUGGCGAGGCCAACAUCCUGCACCGGUCACUUACCACGUAUAGCGACCUGCACGAGUUCCACCACAACCUGAAGUUCUUAACCCUACUCGACGCGUGCUCAAGCAUCGAUAUCGAGUCCAAUGUGUCGCAAUUCGAUUUGUUCGAGUAUUACUCGAUGCUGCCGCAGUACAUGCAGAGCUACCUGGACGACAAUGGCGCGCAGCUCACGGUGCAGACGAACCUGAACGACCGUUUUGGGAUCUACUUGCUCGACCAUUCCGAAAAGAAGGUCGCCAAGCUGACAUUUGCCGCUACGCAGGACCCGAACCAGCGGUAUUACGAAUACAAAUACUCGAGCGAAACGAAGGAGUGGAUCAACCAGUCGGCCGAGUCCUAUACGACCGGCAUCACGCUGGUGUUCGAACUUCUCGGUGACCCUCCGACGUACCUGCCUAAGGAUAGUUUGCCGCCAGAACACCCUGAUGAGGGCUUCACGAGUGCUUCUGCGUCCGAGCUGCAGCGCCGCUUUGCAUUCAAGUGUCAAAAUCCACGAGUCACCCUCGUAAAUGACUUCACGGUAGACGUAUACCCGGCCUCAACCUUCCAGCUGCUCAAUGAUAAUAUCUGCUUGUGUUUUGAUAUUCUGAGAAGGCAGAAGUGGUGGCACACCGUCUUAUAUCCUAUUUCCCAACUUUUGCUGCAUCAAGGCCAGGAUUCUGCGGUAGGAGACGCCCCAGCACCCGCAGCCCAACCCCCGCUCCACCGCCGCCGAUCAAGCAACAAGGGCUGUCGCCGAGCAAGUGCGGCCGAGUCAGCCACGCUAGGGGACGAAAAUAUGCACCAACUUACCUUAACGGAAAUUAUGAACAAGUCUGUGAUUCCCGAAGAUGACGCGAUGAUGGAUGACCGCAUUGAGCUCUAUGUUAACGAGAACUACGUCUAUCUGGGGACCCAGGAGGGUUGCAGCUUCUAUAACGAUCCGAUUGAGAGGUGGGAGGCGUUUGUAGAGUCACUAAGACAGAUGCUUACGUAG